CUCCGGGUUUCGACUGGCGCCCCAGCGGCUUUGCGCAGAACUUUGGUCUCGGACUUGCCAGUUUCGGGCAGAAACGACCACCCCUGCGCCGGACUCCCCUGCGUGCGGGGGUGGGAGCUGAGGUGGGCGGUCGCGCGUUGCUGUAGCGGGAGAGGCGGUCCAGCCCCGCGGGCAGCCCAGGGGGAGCGCGCGGCGGGGCGGGGGCUGCCCCCGGCCUCCCUGCCCCUCGCUCGCGGGACCAGCGGAGGAAUCUUCUCCGGCCGCCUCGCCCGCUCGGGCCCCGCCUCCCCCCGCAGCAGCUGAUUGGCAGGAGUCGCCGUCCAACCCGGGGAUCGGGGCCUCCUCCGGGGACCGAGGAUUGGCUGCCCCCGAGUAAGGGGGGGGUUCCCUCAAAGCCCAAGCUCGGUCCCGAGCCCUGGGGACGAGCAGUGCAGCGGCUCGCUUCGCGCCACAGAGCCGCGCGAGGCCGGGAGGGCCCGUCGUCCUCCCGGCGAGGUCCAGUCCCGCCUGGCCGCGCCCCUGGCUGGUCCUUCGUUCCCAGCCUCGGCCGCAGCGAGUCGCCGCAGGCAGCGCGCGCAGUCCUGGAGCUUCCCGGAGGGGGUCUCUUGCGCCUGCCCGCGGAGUGACCGCGCGCUCUCGGGCUUACCUGUCCGGGCUGCAACACCUGCACCAUGCACGCCGCCGGGACCCCCGGGGGCACCUCCCGCGGGCGCCAGGGAGUCGGCCCCACGGGUUUGCAGCCGGUGCCGCCGCCUCUGGCGCCGCCCCGGGGGCUGCUGCUGCUGCCCCUGCUCCUGUCACUGGUGAGCCGCGCCCCGGCACAGCCCGCUGCCCCCGGCAUGGAGUCGCUGUCCUCGGAUCUCUCGGGGGUCGCCGGGGUCCCCGCCGAGGAGGCUAUAGUAAUGGCGAACCGUGGGCUCCGGGUGCCCUUCGGCCGAGAGGUCUGGCUGGACCCCCUGCACGACCUGGUGCUGCAAGUACAGCCGGGGGACCGCUGCGCGGUGACCGUGCUGGACAACGACGCUCUGGCCCAGCGGCCGGGCCGCCUGCAUCCCAAGCGCUUCCCGUGCGACUUCGGCCCUCGAGAGGUGAGCUACUCUCACCUGGGCGCGCGCAGCCCGUCGCGAGACCGCGUCCCGCUGCAGCUGCGCUACGACGCGCGCGGAGGGACGGCGGUGCUUCCCCUGGUGCUGGAGGUGGAGGUGGUCUUCUCGCAGCUGGAGGUGGUGACCCGGAACUUGCCCCUAGUCGUGGAGGAGCUCCUGGGGACCAGCAAUGCCCUGGACGCGCGGAGCCUGGAGUUCGCCUACCAGCCCGAAACGGAGGAGUGUCGCGUGGGCGUCCUGUCCGGCUUGGGGACGCUGCCUCGCUACGGGGAGCUGCUGAACUACCCGUCACGGGGAGCUGCUGGAGCAGGGCCGGCCGGUGAGGGGGGCGCCGGGGAGCCCCUCCUGAUGGACUGCAGAGCUUUCCAGGAGCUAGGUGUGCGCUACCGCCAUACGGCGCCCAGUCGCUCCCCGAACCGCGACUGGGUGCCCAUGGUGGUGGAGCUGCGCUCGAGAGGCGCCCCCGAGGGCACCCCUGCUUUGAAACGAGAGCACUUCCAGGUGCUGGUGAGAAUCCGAGGAGGGGCCGAAAACACGGCGCCCAAGCCCAGCUUCGUGGCCAUGAUGAUGAUGGAGGUGGCCCAGUUCGUCCUGACCGCGCUGACUCCAGACAUGCUGGCGGCGGAGGACGCGGAAUCUCCCCCGGACCUGCUGAUCUUCAACCUCACCUCUGCGCUCCAGCCCGGCCAGGGCUGCCUGGUGAGCACCGAGGACCGCAGCCUGCCCCUCUCCUCCUUCACCCAGAGAGACCUGCGCCUGCUGAAGAUUGCGUACCAGCCGCCCUCCGAGGACUCCCACGAGGAGCGCGUCUUCGAGUUUGAGCUGGAGGUGGUGGACCCAGAAGGAGCCGCCUCAGACCCCUUCGCCUUCAUGGUGGUGGUGAAGCCCAUGAACACGCUGGCACCCGUGGUCACCCGCAACACGGGCCUCGUUCUCUAUGAGGGCCAGUCCCGGUCCCUCACCGGCCCCCCAGGCAGCGGCCCCCAGAAUUUGGUCAUCAGCGAUGAGGACGACCUGGAGGCCGUGCAGCUGGAGGUGGUGGCUGGGCUCCGGCACGGACACCUCAUCCUUCUGGGCAGCGACAGCCGCAGCUCUGCCCCCAAGACCUUCACGGUAGCUGAGCUCGCGGCGGGUCAGGUGGUCUACCGUCACGACGACAAAGACGGCUCCCUGAGUGACAACCUGGUGCUGCGCAUGGUGGACGGGGGACGCAGGCACCAGGUGCAGUUCUUGUUCCCCAUCACCUUGGUGCCCGUGGACGACCAGCCGCCCGUCCUCAACGCCAACACCGGGCUGACGCUGGCGGAGGGCGAGACGGCGCCGGUCUCGCCCUUGGCUCUGAGUGCCACUGACAUGGACUCCGAUGACACCCUGCUGCUGUUCCUGCUGGAGUCGCCGCCCAAGGCGGGGCAUCUGAUUCUGCGCAGGGCUCAUCCCCCCGGUGAGGGGGAGCAGCUGGCCGGGAGCCCGUGGCGGAAACGGGGCGCGUUCUACGAGCGAACCGUGACGGAGUGGCAGCAGCAGGACGUCACCGCGGGCAGGCUGUUCUACGUGCACACGGGGCCCCACAGCCCCGGGCCGGUGACGGACCAGUUCGAGUUCCGGGUGCAGGACACCCAUGACCCUCCCAACCGGUCCGGGCGGCAGAGGUUUGUGGUCCGCGUGCAUCCCGUGGACCGCCUCCCCCCGGAGCUGGGCAGCGGCUGCCCCCUGCGGAUGGUGGUGCAGGAGUCCAAGCUCACGCCGCUGAGGAGGAAGUGGCUGCGCUACACGGACCUGGACACCGACGACCGCGAGCUGCGCUACACGGUGACCCGGCCCCCGAUGGACACAGACGAAAACCGCGCCCCGGCCCCGCUGGGCUCCUUGGUCCUGACAGAAAACCCUGCGGUCGUGGUGGUCCACUUCACCCAGGCCCAGAUCAACCACCACAAAGUCGCCUACCGACCUCCCGAGCAGGAGCUGGGGGUGGCGGCCCGCGUGGCGCAGUUCCAGUUCCAGGUGGAGGACCGGGCGGGCAACGUGGCCCCGGGCACCUUCACCCUGUACUUGCAGCCGGAGGACAACCAGCCGCCGGAGAUCCUCAACACCGGCUUCACCACCCCGGGGGGCGGCCGCCACACCCUGAGCACCUCCGAGCUGCACGUGACCGACGUGGACACAGACGCGGCCCACAUCACGUUCACCGUCACGCAGGCGCCCACACACGGCCACCUGCGGGCCUCCGGUCGGAUCCUGCGGGCAGGGGCCACUUUCCACUUGGAGGACAUACAACAGGGUCGGAUUUCCUACGACCACAGUGGGGACGGGUCCCUGACAGACAGCUGCUCCCUGGAGGUCAGCGACAGACACCACAUGGUGCCCGUCACCCUCAGGGUGACUGUCCUGCCCGGGGAGGACGAGGUGCCGGUGCCGAGCCUCCCCGCCGGCACCCUGGGGUCCUACCUGGACGUGUUAGAGAACGGAGCCGCGGAAGUCACUGCCGGCGUGAUCACGGGGACCCGGGAGGGCGUGGAGGACCUGAUGCUGACCUUCCUCUUGGAGGACCCGCCCUCGCACGGCGAGGUCCUGGUCGGCGGUGCUCCCGCAGAGCAGUUCACCCAAAGGGACAUCCUGGAGGGCUCCGUUGUCUACGCCCACACGGGCGGCGAGAUAGGUCUGCUGCCCCAAGGGGACUCUUUCAACCUGAGUCUCUCGGGCACAUCUCCAGGAUGGAGAGUCGGUGGCAGUUCCAUCCAGAGAGUCACCGUGUGGGUGACCAUCCUGCCUGUUGACAGCCAGGCCCCAGAAAUUUCUGUAGGUGAACAGUUCAUAGUAACGGAAGGUGACAAGAGCAUCAUCACCUCAAGGCACCUGAGUGCCGAGGACAGGGACUCCCCGAACGAUGACAUCCUGUGCACGAUUGUCACCCAGCCCAGCUCCGGCUACGUGGAGAACAUCUCCCCGGCCCCAGGUUCGGAGAAGUCGAGGGCGGGCAUUGCCGUGAGCGCCUUCACCCUCAAAGACGUCAGGCAGGGCCACGUGAACUACGUCCAGAGUGUCCACCGGGGGGUGGAGCCGGUGGAGGACAGGUUUGCGUUCCGCUGCUCGGAUGGCGUCCACCUUUCAGAGAGACACUUCUUCCCCGUGGUGAUCGUCCCCGCCAACGACGAGCCGCCGGAGCUAUUCACCAGAGAGUUCGUGGUGAUGGAGGGCAGGAGCCUGGUGGUCGACACGCCCAUCCUCAACGCCGCCGACGCGGACGUCCCUCGGGAGGAGCUGACUUUCACUCUCGCCCGGCCCCCGGCGCACGGCCGCAUCCUGCACCAGCUGGCCGACGGCACGGUGGAGGUGCAGAGCUUCACCCUGGACCAGAUCCUCGAGAGCUCCAGCAUCAUCUACGAGCACGACGACUCCGAGACCCAGGAGGACGGCUUCGUGAUUCGGCUCACAGACGGCCAGCACUCCGUGGAGAAGACCGUGCUGGUCACCGUCAUCCCCGUGGACGACGAGACCCCCCGAAUGGCCAUCAACAGUGGCCUGGAGAUCGAAGUUGGGGAGACCAAAACCGUGAACAACAAAGUACUGAUGGCGACCGAUUUGGAUUCUGAAGACAAGUCCUUGGUUUACAUUGUCCGCUACGGGCCGGAGCACGGCCUACUGCAGAGGCAAAAGCCAACGGGGGCCUUUGAAAACGUCUCCCUGGGCAUGAACUUCACCCAGGAGGACGUGGACAGCAACUUACUUCAGUACGUCCACUCCGGGCGGGAGAGCGUGCGGGACCUGAUCAAGUUCGACGUGACAGACGGCACCAACGCCCUCAUCGACCGCUACUUCUACGUCUCCAUUGGGAGCAUCGACAUCGUCUUCCCUGAUGUCAUCAGUAAGGGCGUGUCCUUGAGAGAAGGCGGGAAGGUCACCCUGACGACAGACCUCCUGAGCACCAGUGACUUGAACAGCCCCGACGAACACCUGGUCUUCACCAUCACCAGGGCCCCCGUGAGGGGCCUCUUGGGGUGCACAGACCACCCCGGGGCGCCCAUCACGUCCUUCACUCAGCUCCAGCUGGCGGGCAACAAAAUCUACUACGUGCACACGGCCGACGACGAGGUGAAGACGGACAGCUUCGAGUUCCAGGUCACCGACGGACGCAACCCAGUCUUCCGGACCUUCCGCAUCUCCAUCAGCGACGUGGACAACAAAAGGCCAGUGGUCACCCUCCGCGACCUGGUCGUCAGCGAAGGGGAGCACAAGCUGAUCACCCCCUUCGAGCUCACAGUGGAAGACAGAGACACGCCUGACCGCCUGCUGAAGUUCACGGUCACGCAGAUGCCCCUGCACGGCCAGCUCCUCCUGAACGGCAGCAGCCCCGCCGCGGUCUUCACCAAGCAGGACCUGAACGAGAACUUGCUCAGCUACAGGCACGAUGGCACUGAGUCGAGCGAGGACAGCUUCUCCUUCACGGUGACCGACGGCUCCCACGCGGACUUCUACGUCUUCCCCGACACGGCAUUUGAGACGAGGAAGCCCCAGGUCAUGAAGAUCCGGGUCUUAGCUGUGGACAACAGCGCCCCCCAAGUCGCUGUGAACAAAGGGGCCUCUUCGCUCCGCACUCUGGCCACCGGCCACUUGGGGUUCGUGGUCACAAACAAAGUCCUGAGAGCGGAGGACAGGGACAGCCCGCAUGCUGCUCUGCGGUUCGUGGUGACGGAGGCCCCUCGGCACGGCCACCUCCUCCACCUGGGCCAAGGCAACCACAGCGUCUCGCGGUUCACACAAGCGGACAUCGACGACAUGAAGAUAUGCUACGUCUUAAGAGAAGGGUCUAACGCCACCAGCGACGCGUUCCACUUCACCGUGGAAGACGGCGGCGGGAACAAGGUGACCAGGCAGCGUUUCCACCUGAGCUGGGCCUGGAUCUCCUUCGAGAAGGACUAUUACCUGGUCAACGAGGACGCCAAGUUCCUGGAUGUCGUGCUCCGGCGCAGAGGUUACUUGGGAGAGACUUCGUUCAUCAGUAUCGGCACCAGGGACGGGACGGCGGAGAAAGACAGGGACUUCAAGGGCAAAGCGCAGAAGCAAGUGCAGUUCAACCCGGGCCAGACGCGGGCCGCCUGGCGCGUGCGCCUGCUGAGCGACGGGGCGCACGAGCGCUCGGAGACGUUCCAGGUGGUGCUGUCGGAGCCCGUGCUGGCCGCCCUGGAGCCGCCCGCCGCCGCCACGGUGGAGAUCGUGGACCCCGGGGACGAAUCCACUGUGUUUAUUCCGAAGUCUGAGUACUCGGUGGAGGAGGACGUCGGCGAGCUGUGGGUCCCCGUCAGGAGGAGCGGGGACGCCAGCCAGGAGCUGAUGGUGAUCUGUUACACGCAGCAAGGCUCGGCGAGCGGCACCGUGCCCACCUCGGUGCUGUCCUACUCCGACUACAUCUCCAGGCCCGAGGACCACACCAGCGUCAUCCGCUUUGACAAGGACGAGCGCGAGAAGGCGUGCCGGGUCGUGGUCAUCGAUGACUCCCUGUAUGAGGAGGAGGAGGCCUUCCAGGUCCUUCUGAGCACGCCCAUGGGCGGGAGACUCGGGUCCGAGUUCCCGGGGACUCGGGUGACCAUUGUCCCCGACAGAGAUGACGAGCCCACCUUCCACUUCGGGGAGGCCGCGUACUCCGUGGACGAGAGCGCGGGCUGCGUGGAGGUGCGGGUGUGGAGGCGAGGCCCCGACCUGUCCGGGGCCUCCAGCGUCACCCUGAGCUCCCAGAAGACCGACCCUCCGUCUGCCAGCGCCGGAACGGACUACGUGGGAAUCAGCCGUCACUUGGACUUCGCGCCCGGCGUCAGCGUGCAGACGGUCCGCGUCGUCAUUCUGGACGACCUGGGGCAGCCGGUGCUGGAGGGAGUCGAGACCUUCGAGCUGGUGCUUCGCAUGCCCCUGCACGGCGCCGUCGGCGAGCCCGGCAAGGCCACCGUCGCCAUCAACGACUCCGUCUCGGACCUGCCUCGGAUGCAGUUCCAGGAACGAGAACUCACCGUGGACGAGAGCGCGGGGCAGGUGGUGGCGACCGUGCGCCGGACGGGGGACCUGCGACGCCGCUCCUCCGUGCGCUGCUACUCGCGCCAGGGCUCCGCGCAGGUGAUGGCGGACUUCGAGGAGCGCCCCAACACAGACAGCUCCCUCGUCACCUUCCUGCCCGGCGAGACCAAAAAGCCCUGCGUCCUCACGCUGGUGGAUGACCAACUGCACGAGGACACGGAGGAGCUCCGGCUGGUCCUCGGCAGCCCGCGCGGCGACUCGCCCUUCGGGGCUGCGGUGGGCGAGCAGAACGAGACCCUGAUAAGGAUCGUCGACGACGCCGACCAGACUGUCAUCAAAUUCGGAGAAACCAAGUUCAGCGUCCGUGAACCUAAAGAGCCCGGGCAGUCGGCGGUGGUGAGGGUCCCAGUGGUUCGCCAGGGAGACGCCUCAAGGGUCUCCGUCGUGAGGGUCCACACCAAGGACGGCUCGGCCACCUCCGGGGAGGACUACCUGCCCGUGUCCGAAGAGGUGGAGUUUAAGGAGGGGGAGACCCAGCAUGUUGUGGAAAUCGAAGUCAUCUUCGACGGGGUGCGAGAGAUGCGGGAGGCCUUCACCGUCCACCUGCAACCGGAUGAGAAUAUGGUGGCAGAGACGCAGGUGACCAAAGCCAUCGUGUACAUAGAGGAGGCGAACAGCAUGGCAGACGUCACCUUCCCUUCGGUCCCUCGAGUGGUGUCCCUGCUGACCUACGACGACGCCUCCAGAGCCAGGGACGGCGCCGGCCCCGCGUCGGGCUACCCCGUGGUCUGCGUCACGGCCUGCAACCCGAAAUACCCCGACUACGACCGCACGGCCUCCAUCUGCGCGAGUGAGAACAUCAACGACACGCUGACCCUCUACCGGUGGCUGAGCAGCGCGCCCGUGGGUGCCGACGGCGUGGCCAGCCCCCUGCGAGAAGUGGACUUCGACACAUACUUCACGUCCACGAAGACCAUCACCUUGGACUCCAUCUACUUCCAGCCCGGCUCCAGGCUGCAGUGCGCGGCCCGCGCGGUGAGCGCUGACGGCAGCGAGGGCCUGGAGCUGCUGAGCCCGACCGUGACCGUCAGCAGAGAGGACGGCCUUUGUCAGCCCCGGGUGCCAGGGACAGUGGGGGCGGAGCCGUUCUCCGCGAAGCUGCGCUACGUGGGCGCCGAAGACCCCGAGCACGCGAACCUCGUGCAGCUCACGGUGACGCUGCCGCACACGGACGGCCUGCUCCCGGUGAUCUCCACGAAAGAGCUGUCCGGCUUCGAGCUCACCCUCAGCCCGGACGGCACGAGGGCGGCAAACCACAGGUGCUCCACCCUCCUGGAUUACACCGAGGUCAAGACCCACCACGGGUUUCUGACCGAGGCCACGAAAAACCCAGAGGUGGUCGGAGAGACGUACCCCUACCAGUACAGCACGUCCCUGCGGGGGGCCAGCACCUUGCGCUUCUACCGCAGCCUGAACCUGGAGGCCUGCCUCUGGGAGUUCGAGAGCUACUACGACCUGUCGGAGCUGCUGGCCGACUGCGGGGGCACCGUCGGGACCGACGGGCAGGUCCUAAACCUGGUGCAGUCCUACGUGACGCUGCGGGUCCCGCUGUUCGUGUCCUACCUGUUCCACUCACCCGCGGGGGCCGGGGGCUGGCAGCACUUCGACCUGAAGGCCGAGCUGCGGCUGACUUUCGUGUACGACACGGCCAUCCUGUGGAACGACGGCGUGGGCAGCCCCCCGGGGGCCGAGCUCCAAGGUUCUCUGCAUCCAACCAGCAUGCGCAUCGGUGAGGACGGCUGCUUGGUCGUGAACUUCAAGACGGAGGCUCAGUUCCACGGCUUGUUCGUGCUCUCACACCCAGCCUCCCUCACCAGCUCCGUGGUCACGUCGGCCGCUCACCCGGGCCUGACCUUCUCUCUGCGCCUCCUGCGGAGUGAGCCGACCUUCAGCCAGCCAGCCCAGGAGUGGAGCUUCGUGUCCGACCUCGCGGUGCGGGACUACUCAGGCAGCUACUCGGUGACGCUGCUGCCCUGCACGGCGCCGUUGCAUCAGGGGUACCACCUGCCCGUCACCUGCAGCCCCGGAGAGCCUGUCACCUUUGACCUUGACAUCCGAUUCCAGCAGGUCAGUGACCCCGUGGCGGCGGAGUUCGGCCUGAACACCCACAUGCGCCUGUUCUCCGAGAAGAGCCUCUGGUUGUCCGAUGGGUCCGUGGGCUUCGGGCAGGAGGGCGACGUGGCGUUUGCAGAAGGUGACGUCAUCUACGGCCGCGUCAUGGUGGACCCCGUCCAGAACCUGGGUGACUCCUUCCGCUGCAGCGUGGAGAAGGUGUUCCUGUGUGCCGGGGCCGACGGCUACGUCCCCAAGUACAGCCCGAGGGACGCGGAGUACGGCUGCCUGGCCGACUCGGCCUCGCUCCUGCACAGGUUCAAGAUCGUGGACAAAGCGCAGCCGGAGACACAGGCCACCAGUUUCGGAAACGUCCGGUUCAACGCCAAGCUGGCGGAGGACGACCCUGAAGCUGUGCCGCUGGUGAACCAGCCGGGAUCCGACGGAUUUAAAGUGGACUCGACGCCCCUCUUCCAGGUCGCCGUGGGCCGCGAGUGGUACAUACACGCCAUCUACACGGUGAGAUCCAGAGACGGCACCGCCGGCGGCAUCGGCAAGAGGAGCGUGCAGCGGCAGCACCACUGGGUCGGGGCGGCCCCGAGUGGGGGGCGGAGGAGGGCCCGGCGCACCCCGCCGCUGGUGUGGGAGAUCGGGGCGGAAAAGGGCCGGGGGACAGACAUCCAGCACAUCGCCCUGGACCGCACCCGUGAGAAGCAGGUCCCCGAGGGAAGAAGGGUCCCCGCACACGGCGCCCCCCCGCGGGAGCCCCACGGCCCCCUGCCCGAGGUCGGCCUGGCCGUGGUCAUGGGCGGCCUCACCGUGGGGCUGCUGGCCCUGGGCCUCGGCGCCGUCGCCGCUGCCCUGCUGUGCCGGAGCAGGGCCCGCAGGAAGGAGGCCCCCCAGGGCUCCGGCAGCAGCAGGGAGCCCAUGAUGCCCCCGCAGAGCAGCGUCCCCAGCGACAGCUCCGAGGUCUGAUGGCCGUGGGGACACGUGCCCCAUUCCUCAAGUGCCUCCGACUUAAGACACUAGAAACCCAAAUGCCUCUGGAAGCGCAGGGGACCGGGGACAUGUGCGCCCCAGCCGCCUCCAGGAGCCGACUGAGCUCGCAGACCAGGAGUGAGUCCUGUCUGCGCCUUCACACCUCAGCGGACAGUUCGGACCUCGGGCCGCGUCCCCCCUCCCGCCCGGGCAGCGCAGCCCCAAGCCCACACUCACGCAGAGCCCGGGCAGCGGUGUCCUCCGCUCGGCUCAGGCGCUGGCGAGCCUCCGAGAAGUGCCACAGGCUCGUGCGCCUUACGCACGCGGAGGUGCAGUUGUCACAGGGCUUCCUGGUCGUGUGACAGUUUAUUCCUGGAAGAGGUUCGGUCGGGGGUCUGGGGGCCUAGUAAACACACUGGUGAUCGCGACGAGCUUUCCACGGGGGGAAGGCAGCAAAGCACCAUGGCCAGGGCGACGCGGCCCGCAGACCCCCCUCUGGGGAGGGAGCAGAGGGAGGUUAGAAGGCAAGGGACUCACUCACUUGCGUUGGAACCGUUUCUUUUCUUCGUCAGACCGGCCUCGUUCCACGUGCUCAUUUCAUUUGAGAGUCACCCAGAGAAAACGGGUUACGUGAGGGAGAGACGCCGAAUGGAGGCUGCUCUGGUCUGGUGCAAAGUGAGAAGUGGCGCUGAGUUCUCGCACGGUGUUACACCUCACUGGUGCUCCCUAUUUACGGGAACUGGCAGGGGUGACAGUUCGAUGACACGGAGGUGCCACAGGACAGGUUCACAUCCGCACGACAGUGCCCUUCAGGACUGAACCCACAGGUGGCGGGAGCAGCGGUGUGCGGAGGAGGAACGUGUCUGUUAAGAGGACACGUGGCGUGAGGUCAGGCCUCAGCAGCGCCCUCGCGCGGCCGCUCCGGCACUGCAGCUGCCGCCGGAGCCGCCCCUCCAGCCUCCGCGGCAAACCUGUCUGUCACCCGGAGACGGAGACGGUCUCGGUGGCGGCCAGCAUCGUCCGUCACAUUCUCCUCCAACCCGAAAGCCAGUACAGGGUCGCUCUCUGGCGUCUUCCGUUGAGUAACCCACGCGCUGCGUCCCUCUAGGAUCUCAGCAUGUAAUGGGUGACGCCGCGGACCACAUUGAAAACCAAGGACUGGGCCGAGUGAACGUCCAUGGCAAGGCUCCCGUUUCUUCCGGGGAAAGGUGCUUUUUCACCAAAGGGCAGAAAUCGUGCUCGGAAAGGGCCGAUGCCUGCAGCUGGGUCGGCCGUCUCUGAAAGGCUGGUAGUUCUGCGAGCACAAAUCCGCCCGGGGAGGAGCAGCCACCAGAGUCCCCUCCGUCUGCUGAGUCCCCUCCGUCUGCUGAGUCCCCUCCGUGAGAACAGGAGUGUCCCUGUUCGAAGUCUUUGUGAGGAACAGAGUGUUCUGGUGACUUUCAGCCAUGCACACGCAACACCUGACCCUUCAGUCAGGGCCACGGACCCCGUUUCCCCUCGAUUGUCCAGUUAAACAGUGACAGCAGCCAAUAAAUCACAACUGUACCUGUUUUUGGUCAGAUCAACAAAAACUACAUUUUUGGGUGUGCCACAGAAUUUGAGAAAUUAGUUUAUGUGCCAUGAGGUGACAGAGGGUGAACGUCCCUGGAGCAGGCUGUGUUCCGCUUCCAUCAGGUCACCUGCCUUUCAGACCCCCAAGGACUUACAUGAGUAGAAAGUGCCAGCCCUGGCGGGUGUGGCUCAGUGGGUUGAGCGCUGGCCUACAAACCAAAGGGCCACCAGUUCCAUUCCCAGUUGGGGCACAUGCCUGGGUUGCAGGCCAGGUCCCCAGUAGGGGGCGCCCAAGAGGCAACCACACAUUCUCUCCCUCUCUUCCCCCCUCCUUCCCCUACUCCUUCCCCUCCAAAAAUAAAUAACGUCUUUAAAAAAACAACAGUAACCCCAGAUGGAGGAAUGCUAAAGUAACAAUAACGUGAAAUACAGUGGCAUUUAGAUUUUAAAAGUCGGAAAUUUGACUUCUGCUACUAUUUUGAAAUAUUUAGUAUUGACUCAGAAACCGAUUUAGUCUUUUAAUAAGAAAAAGAAAAAUAUUUAAAGAUGCAUAUGUUUUGCAAAUUUGAAAUUUCUGUAGCUGUAUUUGAAAACAAGUGUGUCGUGGUUCUUUAAAACUCGUUUUUCCUGGCCACGCCAGCAAGAACAAAACAACAGAAGCAGGUCAGCAGGAGUCUUCACUGACCGCUUCUCGAAGGGUGGGAUGCAAACCUUCCAGCAUCCACUUUGCCACAGCUUAGGAAAGUGUGAUUUGGCCGGAAACUGUACUCACGGCGGGCACCACACACACACACACACACACAUGCACCUGAGUAUGAAAAUAGCCAAACAUCUUACUUUCAUUAAAAGACCCCAAGAACAUAGUUUUAAUAGGAAUGGCUGAGACGAAGAUUUUUCAGGGAGGUCAGCACAAGGCCACUGUGAAGACAGUCGUGGGAGUUUCUUUGACGUUCACUCAAAGGCUCAUGGGUUUUCUUACAGUGUUUUCCCUAAAAUCGAUUUUGGUAUCGCCCGGUAAUUAGGCAAGAUUUUUCAGGAAAUACUAUCCACAGGCUCUUACUGUCCCUUGUCAUCUAUUCCUCCUUGUUUCCUUAUUCUUUCACGGUAAGAACAAAAGAAUUUGGGUAGUUAUUUUCAUUUUGGUAAGAGAUUUUAAAAGAGAAGUGUGUGCUGUGUUCCUCUAGCUUUGAGUAGAAAGAUUACACAGAAAACUUUAUUAAAUUUACUGGGGUGACAUUGUCUAAUAAUAUUAUAUAAGUUUCGAGUGUGCAACUCCAUAUACAUCGUCUAUAUAUUGCAAUGUGUUCACCACCCAAAACGUUUAAAUAAGCAAAGAAGGUUGGUACUCCCUCUUGGACUACGGUUGAUAAAAUAUACUGAUGUGAGAUUCUCUCUUUUGGUUUUAUCUUAUUGGCAGAAAAAUCCAAACCUUGAAUUUGCAAACUUUAAACAAGAAGUUGUGUUUUCCUGUCUUUUA